AUGGCAAACAGGUUGGACACCAUCAAACCGACCAUGAAUUCUACGCCUUCCGUGAACCAGAGUGCUAAGGCCAGUAGCAGUGCGGCGAGGCCUGCUCCUAGUGGCAGCGUCACCAAGCGGUAUGUCUGCGAGACACAUACAAAGCACGUAUGACGCUGACUCGACAAUGGUACAGGCUACAGUCUGAACUCAUGAGCUUCUACACCUCUCAGACGCCCGGUAUCUCCGCAUUCCCCAACAACGGCGACAUGACUGUGUGGAACGCUACGAUGUCAGGACCCAGCGGAACCCCAUACGAGAACCUCACCUUCAAGCUCACGAUCUCGUUUCCUGCGAACUACCCCUACGCCCCACCAGAGGUCAUCUUCAAGACACCGAUCUACCACCCGAACGUCGACUUCAGCGGGCGGAUCUGCUUGGACAUCUUGAAGCAGGGAGGGGAGGGCAAAGAGGGUGCGUGGAGCGCGGCACUAAAUACGAGCAGUGUCUUGUUGAGCAUUCAGAGCCUACUUGGAGAGCCCAAUAAGUGAGUACACAUGAUUUUGCGCGACUAUACUAGGGCAACGUGUUGACGUAUGGGAUAGCGCAUCACCACUCAACGGUGAAGCAGCCACUCUGUGGGAUCGCGAUCAGGAGGAGUUCAAGCGGAAGGUGCUAGCACGCCACGUCGACAUCAAGAAUCUUGAAUGA